CCCAGCCAGGGCCUGCCAGCUCCGUGGCUGCUUCCCUAGUUCGGAUGUUCUUAAUCCCCAUGGAGCCACAACCGUAGCCAUGGCAACACGGGUGGAGGUCGGCGCUCUAACUCCCCUGACAGGAGUGCCAGGCCUUGGCGAGAUCUCCAAGGAGGAGACCCUGAAGCGGACCUACUUCUGCCAGGCCGGAGACGCCCCUGGGGCACCCUCAGCACUGCUUCUGGAAGGGAAAAGCCCCCUUAGGAGCCCAGCCCGUUUACUCCCACUGCCCAGACUUGCCCCCAAGCCCUUCUGCAGGGAUAAGGUCCCGGAUGUGAAGCCCCUUGUCCGAUCCCCAGGGCCCAGCCCAACUAGCCCAUCUCCUCCCUGUGGGCACCCCCAGGAUGUGGUGGCAAAGGACCUGAGUGAGAAGAUGCCUGGCUUGGUGGAGCAGGAGGCGGGAAACGGGGAGGGCCUGAGGAGAAGCUCGUCCCUGUUCAACAAGACCACCUUCCUACGUCCCCGAUCCAACACCAUGAUUGUCUUUGAAACCAUCAAAGCCGGCCCUGCUCUGGGGAAGGGGAUCAGUGAGGGGACUCGGGAGGCCACCACGGGUGUGUCUCAGGAACCCGCUCCGGGCUCCCGGCCUGAGGGGGCUGCCAAGCCUGCUCUGCCUGCCCGAAAGCCUGGGACCCUUCCCCGACCGGCCUCCCUGCCCCAGGACAUCAGGCCAGCUGCCCCCCGAGAGGAGACAGGCCCAAAUGAGACUCUGUCAAAGGCCAGCAGUGUAGAGGACACGGGAGACCCCACUCUGGAGCCCAAGCCUCGCCUGAGGAGAAGGCCUGUGUCGGCCAUCUUCACUGACUCCAUUCAGUCUCAGAAGCCAGGCCCCGGUGGGGCGGCUGCAGGGGGAAAAUCGCCUCCCACCCCGCCUGAGAAGACGUGGGUGAGGAAGCCCAGGCCUCUGUCCAUGGACCUCACGGCCCCAUUUGAGAGCAAAGAGGCCUUGCUAAAGAAGGUGGCCAACGAGGCCACCGCAGGUUCCAUUGCCCAGUGUCAGGGACCGGAGAGGUCCGACCCGGAGACCCGAGUGAGCACAGAGUGUUUGGUUAGAGCAAACCCUCGCCUUAGGGACCCAGACUCAGAUGUCCUGGAGGUAGCCAAGAAGACCCGAGAACAGAAGGAGAAGAUGCUUUUCAAGCAGGCGGAGACGGGCAGCCUCAGGCCUGUGGGGGGCUCAGCCCAGGGCACCCCCACAGAGGACCAGCCUCCUGGGAAGGAGAAGGCUAAGCUGCUCAGGGAGCCAGAGAAGGCACCCCCGUCCCCCUCGCCCAGACCUGGAAAAGAUCAAGAGUUUUCUGAGGUCAAGAGCAGAGCAGCCGACGGGGACAGCCGACCGGAGGGAGGAUGGACCCUCAGGGGCAGCAUCAAGAAGCGCAUCAGCCUGUUUGGGGAGGAGAGCACCUUGGCCUUGGCAGCAGACUCCAAACACCCACCGGCCACCCCUGAGCCCCCGUCGGCUGCCCCAGGGCCCGAGAAAGUGGGUGUGAGUGUCCAGGAGAGGAUCAAAGGCUGGGCUGUCGAGAGCUCCGAGGCAAAGCCAGAGAUCAGAAAGAAGACGUUCCAGGCACGCCCGUUGUCAGUGGAUCUGACCAAACUGUUUUCGAGUCCAGUGUCAAGCAAUGAAGUCAAGUACGAGAAGUGUUCUGAGCUAAGUGGCAAGCUUCCUAAGGAACCUGGAGAAAAGCAAAAGGAAGGGCAUGGUGUGGAUGGAGCACCCGUCCUGAGAAGCCCCUGGAAGCCUGGUUCGCUCCGGGAGAAGUCUAGGCAGACAGAGCGGAAAGACAGCUCUCGCCAAGUCCCUGGCACCUGUCGGGGUGAAAGCUUGAGGAGGACUCUGAGCCCUCCUGACAGCAAUGCAGAAGAUGAUGGAAGCUUCCAGACUGUGUGGGCCACAGUGUUUGAGCAUCAUGUGGAGAGACACACGGUGGCUGACCAGUCACAACACUGUCCCUUGGCCACGCCCGCCAGGGAUGGGGCUGAUGCCCUUGUCUCAGAAGUCAGACCUAGGCACGAGAGAAGCUCUUGGCUGGGGAAGGACGUGCCAGAAAAGACAAACCUUGUGAAACAGAACUCCAGAUGGGUUGAAAAUCCCCGUACAGAGAAAUGGGGACAGACCGCCCUUCCGAAUGGUGAACCCAAAGGGUUUCACAUGCCCUUCCCUGAAGAACACCCUUUGGAUGAGAAAUGCAAUAAAACCCCCUUCCUCCAACGCUCCGAAAAGCCUCCCCCAUCCCAGAGGGUUGAGCCCAAGUAUGACAUCGUGCACACGGUCGGCAAGCGUGUACACAGUGAGGCCGUCCCCACGGUGUCAGAGGAAAAAGCCGUGACCCUGCGAAGUGGCCGAUCUCAGCUCUCUCCAAAGGGGAGGCAGCAGUCCCAUGAGGUCACCCCUGCUGACCUAGAUUACAGGCUGGAAGGUCAGGCGGGGUCUGUCCAAAGGGCCAGUUUGAUUUGGGAAGCUCGAGGGACUCACGAUGUCAGUGGGCUAAAGCCUGACUUCCGAGGGCCGAGGGACACAUUUGGGGGCAAUUGCCUGUCACCCAAAUGUACAGGUGGGGUGACUGUGAACUGGCAUAAAGCGACCAUGGUGGCCAGUGAAGAGAAAGGCUCAGAACUGAGCCCUGAAGUCAAGAGCGAGCACCCAGCCAGGCCCUGCGGCCCGGAAGCCGGCUCUGUGAGGGCCCGCCAGGCUGCCAUCAGGGAAGCCCCGCAGGAGGGGCCGGAUGGGGCCAGGAACAAGUCAGGAGGCUGCAGCUCUGUGGGAGAAAGGGGUGCCCCCCAGGGGUUCCCUCUGGAUCUACCAACCAGGAAUCAGGACAAGCCGUCUGACAUAUGGGCACGGCCGCAACCAGAAGUGGGUGGACAGAAAGGACCCCUCGCUCUGGCUGCCGGUGAGGGUGAGCCACAACUGGCCCAGGCACCGGAGCCUGAGGCCAAGAUGCGGAAGGCGGGUCCCCCAGACCAGAGGUGGCGACGGCGGACGUUGCCCCAUGACGUGAAGUUUGACGAAUUCAGCUUCCUGGGCCCAGAAAACUCCUGGAAGGUGGAGCAGAGACGAACAGACCAUUCGAGCCCCACCACCAGUGCCUUAAGGAAACCUGAGCUAUCCCCCCACAGGGUGGAGACCCAGGAGGUGAGCCCAGGUGCUUCCCAGGACCCAACUCGGCCAGCGGUGAAGCAGGGGUCCUCUUUGGAACCCAGGGCGACAUUUUUCGCAGUGACAUAUCAGAUUCCCGAUACUCAGAAAGCAAAGAGCAUUGUUAAGUCAGGGCCUGAAAACUUGACAGAACAUUCUAGAAAAACAGUCCUGCCUCCUUCUCCUCUUCCUCUAACAUCCACCUUGGUUUCUCUUAACCAUGAAGAGCCACUGGAGGCCAAGGGCAGUAACAACUGGGCUAAGGGCAAAGAACACCACGGUGCGAGCUGCUCAAAACCUCUGAAGCCAGCAGACUGCCCAUCACCUCUUGGGGACAGGACUCUGGAUCCUUCUAGUGAAAAAAUCCUGGAUGCUAAAGCUUUAUGGAUCCGUCGGGGACCAGAGGAUGGCACCGGUUUUCAGAACAAUUCGAAGGAUAGUGGGAACAGAACACUUCCCAGCAAUGCCCCCCAAACACCCCCAGCUUCCAAAAGCCACCCAGAAGCCAGCGAUCUCCUCAUCAGGAGGGACCCUGAGGUGGACAGUGCGAGGGUCCCAGGGAGGAUCAAAGAUGGCUACAGAUCUAGCGUUCUCGACAUCGAUGCUCUGAUGGCCGAAUACAAGAAGCAUGAGGGUCAGGAUCUGGUGGAGGGUAAGCCCACAUCGCCCAGCAGCUCGACUCUGGAGAGGCCAGGCCAGCAAGACAGGGUGGACCCAAGAAGGAGGAGCUGGAAGGAGAGGUCUGAAGCUGAGAGUCUCUGCAAACAAGCCAGUUUUGCUGAAACAAACCACGGUUCUGCUCCUGGCGCCGGCAAGCAGCCGGCAGAAGCCUUGUGGACAGCCACGAACACCGAACUCAGCCCUCUUCUGUGGGCUCCGCCGCUCUCAGCUCCUAAUGAAAAACAUCCAGAGGCCUCCUCUGGUCCUGUGGGUCCCUGGAGAAAAGUUUUGGGAGUCCCUGAGGAUGACCGAAAGGACUUUGUUAGUAAACAUCAGAGUGCAAAGUAUCAGAAUUCCCCAGCCGAGUCAAAGCCCACUCCCUGGGAGGAUCUGGACAGUGGGGCCUGUGUGUUGGCCAGAUCCACUCCCACUGACCAGAAGAAAGGGACCCCAAAGAAAUCCAUCGGGAGGGGAGGAGAGGGCAGUGUGGUCCAGUGGGGUGAGCACCCCUACGACUAUGGCAGGUCACCGCUGAAUGUCAAGAGGGCCUGUUCGGAAAAGGGCCCCCCUGCCAAAGUCCGGGAGGGCCUGUCUGUGAUGCAGGAAGCCAGAGAGAGGAGGCAAGAGCAGCCCAAAGGGAGGUCCAGCCUCCCCGGAGACAGUUCCGAGGCUAAGGAGACCAAAAUGGGACACUGCCGGCGGGAGUCAGGCACUCGAGACAUUCAAAAGGUGCUGCCACAGAACCUGGAGAAGGAGGAUGCCCUGCCAGACAGGGAGCAGCCACUCUGGCUGGGGUCUCCCACAGCCUUGGGCCCCCGGAGAAGCCACAGUUUAUGCAAGGACAAGAGGAGUGGGCCCUUUGUGGACCAGCUGAAGCAGUGUUUCUCCAGGCGGCCCCCCGAGGCCAAGGACACCGACACCCUUGUGCAGGAAGCUGACAGCCAGUAUGGGACAUGGACAGACCAGCGCCAGAGCGGGGAGAGUCUGGCCCCCGAGUCCCCGUCCCCGGACAGCAGUGCCCUGUCGGCCCGGAGGCAGCUCCCCAGCAGCCGCUUGUCCUCACUGUCCUCCCAAACGGAGGCCACCUCAGCCGGGGACCCGCACAGCUGCUCCAGGGACCAGCGGAGCACCAGCAUGGACCGAUCCAGCACCGAUUUGGAAUCCACCGAUGGGAUGGAGGGGCUGCCCCCCCUGGACCCCUGCCCCGCGAAGAGGGUGGACGACUUCUCCUUCAUUGAUCAAACCUCAGUCCUUGACUCAAGUGCCCUCAAGACCCGGGUGCAACUCAGCAAGAGAAGCCGCCGCCGGGCUCCCAUCUCCCACUCCCUCCGGCGCAGCAGAGUUAGUGAGUCAGAGAGCAAGUCUCCUUUGGAGGAGGAGGCCGACAGUGCGUGGAUGUUCAAGGACUCAACAGAAGAGAAAUCUCCCAAGAGGGAAGAGUCAGAUGAGGAGGAGGAGAAGCCUUCCAGGGCUGAGAGGACCCCCACCAGCCACCCGCAGAGGAUGCCUGUGUUUCCGGGCAUGGACCCCGCAGUGCUAAAGGCUCAGCUGCACAAGAGGCCAGAGGCCGACAGCCCCAGCGAGGCCCCAGGCUGGGCCCCCCAGCCCAAGACGCCCAAGGCUCCCUUCACUCUGGGCAGUCGCGUGCUGCCCUCCAGCGUGGAGAAGGACGACAGGUCAGAAGAGCCCUCUCCCCAAUGGUUAAAGGAGCUAAAAUCCAAGAAGAGGCAAAGCCUGUAUGAGAACCAAGCUUGAGCAGACAGGGGACACUGCCACGUCUAAUGAACAGAAGCCUUAACUGUCAGAACCCGAAGAUGAGGCCAUGCUGAUGCUGUUCCUGCCUAACCCUUCCAGCCGGGUGGAGAACACGGCCCGGUGACUCCCGCCCCCUGCAGAGGCUCUCCCCAGAUCAGGAUGCAAAGACCCACCCUCCUCCAGCACCUGCACAUCUCCCUAGACAACACUUGAGGCUGAGAACAAAGCCAGGCUGCACAGAAUUGUCCAUGCUGGUGGUUUUGUGUUUUACGUGAACAAUGUCCAUUUCCGCUCUCUGUCUUCACCCGGAGACAUCACUCCGGGAACAUCAAUCUGAGUUGGACCAUCUCCCUGGGCUCCGGAAAACACCUGUAUUGUGAAAGUAUCCCUUGUCCCGACACCAGAGGAGGUCCCUUUCAAAAGCCUAUUUCCGAGGAAGAAGAAACUAAAGUUUCCUGCUGUAAUUGUGGCCCAAGGCAGCAUCACUGGGUUGGGCUGUGUUUGGUUUUUUGGUGAGUUCCAUCUCCCUCCCUCUCCAAGAAUCAGCAGCUCCAGUGUUUUAAACAUACCCAUCCUCAUUUCAGGUGUGUUUAUCCUUACAAUGGGGCUGUGUGCAGAGAUGAUCUGUUCAUUAUACAUCACUUUGGUUUGCUUUAGAAGGCGUUAAAGCAAUAAUUCAGCCAAUUUUCUUUGAAAUUUGAUAUGUAUAUAUGUUUUUUACAUUCAAGAGCAGAAGGAAAGGUGUAUGAAUAAUUUGCUUGAAGUAUCCGAUCAUCUCAGGUUAUCUUACCCCUAUCCGUGCUUUAAAAAAAAAAAUUCCAGCUGUCACCUCUGUGUAUAUAUUUUCCUGGUUUCUUUUCAUUUGAGCUCUGGUUUCUGUGGAGUGAUCUUUGUCCCUUGGCCUCAAGUGUUCAUCAGUGGCAGCAGCCCGGAUGGCAGUGCCUUUCCCUCUCAAACAGCAGACCCGCCCUGAGAAUCUUCUUCUCCAGUCUUUUUUGAACAGCACCCAAGAUACUGGCGUAGAAGAUUCAUUCCAAAUUGGAACAAAUGCAUGAAUGGGGGAAGGGUUCUUCUGUUUCUUCUCACCUCUUCCUUCUACCACUCCCCCACUCCACCCCUUGCAAACUCCACCUGACAGAGUGAUUCCUUUAGGUCCAAAUGUAGGAAGGGAGGGUCUUGCUGAAUCCUUCUCUGGACAGAAGUGCUGGAUGCUAGGUGACAGAGUAUAGGGUUUGCCUUGCCUCUUUUUUUUCUUCCUUUCUCUAAGCUCAUUCCCAGGAAUCUCUAAGACCUCUGGGGGUCAUAGGCACUCUCUACAUGGUCUUUAUUUUUGGAAAUCCUCAACACCAGCCUCCUCCACCUCUGAAACCCAAGGCUCCAGCAAACAUCCCAGAUAGGCUUGACUGGCCACCUGUCAUGCCUGGAGUUGCCAUAAACCAUGUGCCAAUCCUGCUGGGGAGAUGCCCGUUGGUGAGAAAGACACCUGGGACAGUUCACAGGGCCCCCUGUGACUGCUGAGGGGCCCCAGGACUGAGUUUCCUAAGGCUAGAUAUGGAAGGGAUGGGCCUUACCCAUUGACUUCCCAAGACAUGCAAGUCUUUCUUGAAAAUCCAUUAUUUGCAAAUGGUGUCAAAACAUACUUUCCUUCUCUCUGGCCAUGUCUCCAGGAGUCUCCAUUUGUCUCCCCAUCUCUUCUCUCUCAUCAUCCUUUACCAUCUCUUCCUUCACUUGGGGUGAAGGUUGGAGAGCAACCUGUUUCUCCAGGUUCAGCACCACGGACAGGGACUGCUCCUCCCCGCCCCAGGUCCUGUUGGGUGACCUUGGGCUACCAAUGGGCAGUUGUUGGACCCUGUCACCCACCAAGCCUUUUGCAUCUGGAAGCUCAUGUCUAGAGAUUUGGCCCUGCUUGAUAAUAGUUUGUGUUCUUUUCAUUCCCUGAGUUAGUGGUCAGUCAGUUUUCUGUGGCCAUUAGGUGGAGAUUUGAUUCCUCCAGGAACUGCUGCUUUGGGUGAAUUUUCUUUUCUUUCUUUUCCUUUCUUUCUUUCUUUUAGAUCCGGUUAAUGUU